CGCACGCCACACGCCGCCGAAAGGGAUCAUGGGAUAGAAAUGGAGGCCAAAGGCCGCUAAGCUCAAAAAACCCUCAAUCGGAAAGAUCUAAUAUCCGACAUGACCACGGCGUUUUAUGCCAUUUCACAUUCAUGAGACACGAGAGCCAAACUAGGCCAGCCAAUGUGAAGCAUAAGUAAGAAAGGGUCCCCGACUCGCCCUGUCGGAGGCAGAGGCACACGAGUCGCGUCUAUCCCUCACAUGCCAGGAGGAAGAGCUGAUAGGUGUCACUGCAGUCGAGUCGAGUCGCGUCCAAGUCCUGCAAAAGCCCUGACGCCAUUUUAGCAACUAACCUGCUCUGCUGGGCGCGGAGGGAACGAGUAGUUUGAGGACGAAAUAUGUAACCAAAAUCAAGCUCAUCUUGUUCAGUUUUAGCCCGAGUCGUUGGGUGGUGGAGGACUGGGACUGCCGCCAAAGCCCAGAGCGUCAAAGUGCUUAGGCCAGCAAAGGGCCAGCAGGCCACAGGCUGCAGUCUGCCUUGGCCAGAGCACGCCAGGCACCAGUUCGCGGCCAGGCGCCUAGAAACUGGCGUGGAGGUCUCUGAGGCUCGCCUCGGCCCGCGGGGAAGCGGUGCGAACAACUGACAUCGUCUGGCUCGAGUGUGAUCGUUAUGGAGAAUGGAGAUGAUUCAUCGUUGGAGAAUGUGGAGCCAGAGCCAGACCCUGAGGAUGAUCUUCAUCAGGCAUCAUACCUUGAUGGGCACAGCCUGUCGUCCAAUGAUGGAGCUGAAGAUGAGAAACCUACCAAAAGCAGUUGCUCUGAUGGGAAUGGAGUCAGACCGUUCACACCUGCAGAAGAUCAGCUUAUUUUAUCAACAGAUGAAGAAACUAGAGAGUCAGCCCUAGAUGAUUCUCUGGUUGAAAGUGGUGCAGCAUUAAAAAAUGCUUUGGAAUCUAUGAGCAAUAACUGCCAAGCAUCACAAGAUCUGCAGCUAUCAUCGGUCUCUUUCAGUGAUCUCAAUUCAUCCAACACCACAAACAAUGACAUUCAAACCAGUGAGGAAGUGGAUAGUUCUAAGUGUAAUUCUACAGAAAAGUUGGAUAAUCUCAUUUCUAAUGACCUUAGUGAUUCAUGUGUUAAAAGUGCUGAAUGUGAUGGAACUGAAAGGACAAUCAGUUCAAUUAUUAGUGACAGCAACUCGCAAGAUGGUUGCCACCCCAGUGUUGACACCAAUAGGAAUAGUGGUGAAGAAAAUGAUCUGGGUGGUGAAAAAGACCUCAUCUAUCAAGAAAUUUUGCCAGCUAGUGCUGAGGAUCCUAGUCCUAAGGACUCCGGGAAUAAUGACAAGGCUCCUCAUACAUCCGAAGCACUUGAAGCUGAAGUAGAGGCAGAUGCAGAAGCGGAUGGGUCCAAGGUCCCUAGCCUACCCUCUCCAGCAUCUCCUCUGGCACCUGUAGAAUCUGCACCUCUCCUUCCGUCACCCUCAGCCACAUCGUCACCUUCAACUCAUACAACAGCCCGUGAAGGUGCCCUGUGCUCUGAAGAGACGCUGUCAAGUGGUGCUGGCUUAGCAUCGCUCUUCAUGGAGAAUGAAGGAAGUCAGCAAACGUGUGAUAGUGUUACUAGUGUUGGUGAAAAUGACAGUGCACAUUCAAGAGUAAAUGUGGGCGACCUUAGUCACAGUAAUGAGCCAGUGGAUAUGCCUAAUUCUUGUUCUGGUGAUAAUUUAGGGAAUGUUGACAUUAAUGAAACAUUUAGAGGGAAAAUUGAUCAUGAGUUCAAGUUAUUUGGUACUGGAGAAGAUGCAAGUUUUUCUCUUUCAGCUUCUGAUAAGGUGGAAAGGUUGGACAAUAAUUUUGGCUUAAAUGUGAACAGUGUAGGAGAACCCUUUUCUGCAAUGAAUGAGAAUGCAGUUUCAGCUGGUGCUUCUGGAUUAUCUGAUAGUUCAACCAGUGACAAUGAGAUAUCAAUUGGAGCAACAUCAGGUGCAACAGCUGAAGAUGGGACAUCAUUGGGCGUGAUGGCUGAAAAUGAAACAUCAGUUGGUGCUGUGGCUGGAGAUGGACUGUCUGUUGGUGCAGUGGCUGGAGACAGCACAUCAGUUGGCGCAGCGGCUGCAGACAGUGUGUCAAUGGGGGCUCUAGCGGAGAAUGACUCCAGUGACGACAAGGACAGUGUUGUUUCCAGCAGUGAUGAGAAGGAGGAAGUGGAAGAGGAUGAGGAGCAGGAAGUAGCAAGUGAAGAGGGCGAAAAUGAACCUUCAGAUACAUUUUCAAGAGUCAAUGGUGGCUUGAGUGAAUCAAUGGACUGUGAAGAUAAUGAUGCGUACAAUGACAAUUCCAAAGAAGUGCAAUCAGAGUCAUCCUGGAAGUCUGAAAAGCCAAUAAUCAUGUCCAAAAAUUUAAACAUGGCUUGGAAAAAAGCGUUUGCAAAUACUGCGAAGCGCUAUGAAGAAAUUAGCAGUAGAGAUAACAUUUCUGCUGAUGCUGACAACACCGUUGCCAGUGAUUCCUCUUGCCAUAUGUCACAGUCAGAAUCUUCGUGUUCGGUGCAAAGCAUUGCACCGGCUGACGAGUCAUGUCCAGAAAAUGUAUUGGAAGAUGAAGCAGCAACAUCUGACAAUUACACAGGUGUCACUCUUAAUGAAACUGAUUCUAAUCCAGUUCCAUCUUAUGAGCACGUUGCUCCUAGUAAGAAAUCAAAGUUACGCACCUUUCACAAAAAGAAGACGAGGAAGAAUAGGAAUCUAUCCUCUGUCAGUGAAGAGCCAACCCUUUUGUCAUCUGAUAAAUCUUUGUCAGGGUUUCCCAUAAGCAUGAGCAAUCCAGCCCUAGACUGUGGACAGUAUGCUGGGUCACAGCCAAAUGUUUUAUUUAAAUGUGUGCGAUGUGGUUUGAAAGGUUUCACAUCCAUGCUAGAUCUGAAAGAUCAUCAGAUGUUAUGUUUGAGGAAUCCUUUAGUUCCUGCACCACUACCUCAAGAACGUCCAGUUCCAGCUAGUCCAGAAACUUCCUCCAAAAUUCGGAUUACCAGAAAAGUGUAUUUAUGCUCUGCCUGUGGGACUUACUAUGAAAACUGGAAUCUCUUUCUCCAUAUGAGAGAAGUUCAUAAACGCCAUAUCUGCUUGUUCUGUCUGGGAAUGUUUUCACAAGCAGAAAAAUUGUCCUUGCACUUGGUGUCAAAACACAAAGUUUCUGCGGGUCACUAUGCUUCACCUGAAGAUUUUAAGCAAUCAUUUAAAGGAUUGUGCUUUCUGAUGUGUUGUACUUGUGAGCGAAUGUUUACAGAAGAAAACUUCACAAGCCAUCUCUGUAGAAGAGACUUAGUUGUUUGUAAUGUCUGUCAAGGUCGAGGUUUUCAUGUGCCCAACUGUCAAUUGAUCAGUGGUGGUGGAGAGCAUCUUACAAAUACCUCUAUCCCCUUGCCUGAUAAGAUGGCUCCCAUCCCUCAGACAACUGGGCGAGGAAAAGCUGGUUUGGCGAGUUCCAAGAACAACAAAUUAGGAAGCAAACGGAAGAAUGUAUUGAAAGUUCGAAUCCCGACUUUGCCACCAAAGAGAACAGAAGAACUACAAGUACCUGAGAGAUUGUCAUCAAUUCCCAGUUCUCCAACCAUGUCAUCUGUCCAUUUCUCUCAAUCUAGUCUACCUCAGGAGCACCCUGCUGCGUUUGGUGAGGCAGAUGGCAUGACCAAUCUAGACCGAACAAUAAAUGCCGUUGCCCUGGGUUUGACAGAAGAAGCCAGAGCGUGGGAGGAACGCAUGGAGGCUGAAAGACAACGAAUUCUGGAAGCCAGACAAAUUUACACCGAUACUGAAGAUGAGAGUGACGCGGAAGUAGAAGCGGAUGUGGAUACUGCAGCUAUUACAGAAUCCUUGCCACAUUCCAGUUCUUCUAGUGACAGUGGGGAAGAAGAAGAUGAUGAGGAAGAGGAGGAAGAAAUGGAGACCUACAAUAAGCUUCCCUAUCCAGAAGCAACCUCUGAAAACUUGAUAAUGUCAGAGGAGCAACAGGAGCUAAUCCCUGAUCCGGAACCGACUGCCUUACCACUGCCAGCAACGGAACAAGAACCAGAGGAGGAUGACGACGAUGAAAAGGAGGAGGCGGAACAGCCAGCUGAGACUGUCCCCCCUGAGGAGCAGAUGGAAGUUGAGGCUGCAGCGGAAGAGGGCCACCCUCAAGAAAUUCCAGAGCCAGAGGGAGAUGCGCAUUCUGAGGUGAAUGUUACAGCCGAGGAAGAUGAGCCCAAAGUUGAAAGAAAAGUCGAGGAUCUGGAAACUCCAACUGUUGAACAGCAGCCAGCGAGCCAGGCUGAAGAAACUUCCGCAGCAGAAACAUUUGAUCCUCCAGUAGACACACCUCAGGUGUCGGAACCUUUUGCUAUUUCUGAAAACUUCAACUUCACAGAAGCUACUUCAGUUCAUAGUCCAGAACCCAUGGAUGUUGAUUUCAAUACGCCUCAGGACAUCAGUAAUUUCAAUGACAGCAUUCCUUCACUUCCUGAUGAACCUGAUGAUGCUGUUUUAAUGGACGGCAUGGCUGGAAGCGUUGAGCAAGCUAAUGAUGAACCAUUUGGAAAAUUGGCUUCCCCACUCCCCGAGGAAAACGGCCCUGUGGGUGAUCUUGCAGUGCCUGAGCAACCUCCUACCCCAGUGGCAACUGAAGAAUGUACUGAAGAAAAACUUUCAGAUGGACUAGCUCUGGCUGGCGAGGAAGUUCCAGAAACUAGGUUGUCCUUGGACAAACCGUUGCACAUUAUGAAAACGCAAGAAGUUUUGAAGGAAUGUGUGCGAACUCUCUGUUGGACAUGUGUCUAUUGCAGUCAUGCCAAAAAAAUAGCUGUGAAUGGUAAGCAGCUGGCUCUUCACAUGCUGUCUGAGCACAGAGUGGUGCCAGCAGACUCUGGUCAUCAAGAGGUUCCUGCUGGAGAGCGCUUGAUUUUGAAGUUGAAAGAUUCUUUAGAAACACUUCAGUCAGCUUUCUUCAAUACUGAUUCAUAUGACAGUACUGACAAGGCUAAUUCAUUGCCAUAUGAUCGGUCGUAUGAAUGUUUCCACUGCCACUUUUAUACAAGACUCCACAAAGAUUUAUACAUUCACAAUAGAAAAAUGCACCAGAAGACAAUACUUUUGUGUAUCAUGUGCAAGUCCAACUUCUACAGUUACAGUGAGCUGCUUUCUCAUCUUUGUCCUGGCAUUUAUAUUCCUCAAAUUAAUAUUACAUUCCGGUGCUGCAUGUGUGAUGUGGAUGAAUUACCAUCUGCCUUUCGUCUCAUGGUUCAUCUGAGAAAGAAGCACAAUGCUUGUGAUGUGUGCCUGGAGGUGACUGAUGACCAACAGAAGCUUUCCAACCAUGUCUGGAAGCACAAGCUUCAUCAUCUCUGUUUCAGAUGUGGUAUUGCCUACAGAAACAAGCCCGACAUUACUAAACACUUGUUUUGGAAGCAUGGAACAGAGAGUGUUUUGUGCAAAAAAUGUCUGCAGAAGAAGUGGCCUCAUGUUUAUCACUUCUGUGUUCCACCUGCUGCCUUUGUGUGUGAAGAAUGUAAUGCCAUGUUCUCUCGAGCUGUUGCAUUACGUGUCCACAAACGAUUCCAUUCUGAAGAUUUUAGAUACUCCUGCACAGAAUGCGAAGAAAAAUUUGUUUCUAAGAAGCUGCUUGCAAAACAUGUCGACAAACACAACGCACCUGCCUUACCACCACCACCACCACCACCAGUGCAAAUGCCUUUGUCACCAGCUGUGAAUGAAAACCCAGAAGGAGUGUCGGAACCAAGGAUCUCCCCUGUACCUGAAGAGAAAGAAGUUGUAAAGAACUCUAGCAUCAGUGAUGAAGAUAAUAAGAUUGUCAAUGUAGUAAAAUCGCCCCCCACAUCUCCCCUUAGCACCAAGCAUGUUAAAAAGAAGAAGCACAAACGAGAUGAGCCAGAAGAAGAAACAAAGAAGAAAGCUGUUGAUGUGUUUGAUCUGCCACCUUUGAAUUUGUCAUCUGACAGUGACAGUUCUGAUGAAGAGGAGAAAAAUAAGUCUAGUGCUCCUAUUAGCAAUGAUGUUGGAACAGCGGACCCUGCCCCUCCUGAACCAUCUCCAACACCACCUGCUGUAGAAGAUCGGCCAGAGACGGAGGAACCUUCCACUGUAGUUGACGGAAUAUGGGACAAAUUCCAGAAUUUCCAAGCUAGUUUAGAAAAGCGAGAUCCUGCAGAAGAAGCACAAGCAUUUGUAUGCAAGACAAUAAUGUUGGAGCAUGAUUAUUGUUUGCCAGCUGACAAACCAAAACCAGCAAACCCUGAAAAUGCCUCAAGUGAAGCGGGCCCAGAUGGUGAGAAAGGUGCGUCUGCUGAUCCUCAAGAAGUUGGUUUACAAGAAGGUGCACCUGUUGGGGAUGCCAGCAGCACUCCUAAAUCAAGCCCAGUCAAAAAGAAGAAGACUCCAAGGAAGCGGAAGAGGGCAAGCUCAGGACGGGUCUCUAGUUCUUCGUCAAGUGAUUCUAGCAGUGACUCGGAUUCCAGUAGUGGCUGUGGCAGUAACUGCAGCUGUUCUAGCCACAGUGGCAGUGGUAGCUCCAGUAGCUCUAGUUCCUCCUCAUCAAGUUCUGAUUCGGAUGAUAGUUCCAGCUCAGAAGGAAAACGUAAAGCUGCCGCCAAGAAAGAAAGGCGGAAGGAGAAGGCGGAAGAAAAGAGCAAAAAGGAUGAAGCUAGGCCUGUUUCUCCGGCUCCUGUGCAAGCUGAUGUCAACCAGCCGCCUGUUGCCAGCCAAGCUCCAGUUGAAGAGCCUCACAUAGAUGUCAUGGAAGGAGAACUAACCAUUAGGGAAUCAGAUCUGGACACAUCGGAAACUGACACAGAUGAAGAUUUCUAUGAUGACAAUCCGCAGAAACUUGCUAAUGAACUACUUCAAGAAAAACGUAACUUAAUGCUGCUCGCUGCUGUAGCCAACAAUGGAGGUAUUAGUCCUGCACAGUCUCAUUCAAGUCAACCCCCUAGUGCUGCUCCAUCUGAAUCAACUCCCUCCAAAAAGAAAAGUAAGAAGCGCCGCAAGAAGGCAUCAUCUAGCAAAAAGUCAGCGCAACAAGCACUAACUCAUGAUUCGUUUGGAGUUCAAGAUCGUGUUUCUGACUGGACAAACCACCAGCCGGAGCAGUCUUAUCAACAGUACAGUCAACAGAGCAAUUCUGCGAGUGUGACAGAUGGACCAUACUCCUCUUAUGUAUUGCCAACGACGCCAGCACCAACUGUAUCCGCUUUUAACUCUGCGCCAAGUCCGUCUACGCCAGUGUCGCAGUUCAGUUACAAGCAUAAGCAGGGUCUACCCAAAUUUGUAGACCUCUCACAAAGUGCUGGUAGUGGAUCUGAAACUGAAGGGAGAACAAAGCGCAAACGCAUGAGAAAUAAAUUCUAUGGUUAUGAAAGCAAUGAUGAAGAAAAGAGCAAUCAAUCUGUUGGUAAACAGAGAAAGACUAAUGCUGGUACCAGCUAUCAAGUUAGCCAGGUGGAGUCCCCUGCUCACCCUCCCAUGCCAACCCUUACCAUCAAGCGCAGUCAAAUCAAACCACCAAGGCCAGCUACUCCACCUCCUGUUGAAGAAAAUUAUUAUGAGUCAUCAUAUCUUGCUCCAACUUGGAGUAAUGCUACCACAGCUCAGCCAAAAUUGGACUCUGAUUCAGAUGCUAAGGCCAACAGUUCAUCUAGUGACACAGACAGUGAUGACGAUGCCAUGCAGAUUGCGGAAUCACCUCCUCCACAAUAUGAACCACCACGCACCGAGAACAAGGUCAACUUGUACUGUUACUGUCAGUGCCCUUAUGAUGAGGUGUCAGAGAUGAUAGCAUGUGAUGGUGAUAACUGCAAAAUUGAAUGGUUUCAUUUUGAGUGUGUGGGCAUCAUGGUUCCUCCAAAGGGGCAGUGGUACUGUCCUGAGUGUAGGCGCAGGAUGUCAGGGGAAGGACAGGACUACAUGCUCAAUAAUUAAAACGCUUCAUACUCAUCAUGUAAUAGAAUUGUAAAUAUUGUAUUUAUAAUCAACAAAACACCUGUUGCUUGUGAAUUGUAACAUUUUACAAUUAUGAAUUUCCCUUUCAGAAUGAAACUGGUGUAAAGACUUGUAUUUAAGAUAUUAAAUGUAUCAUAUUUUUUGUAUGAUUUAGUACACAUUUUGAAGAGGAAACAUCUUUGAAAUGUGUUGUAUGUGAACUUCAAAUGUAAGAUAAAUUCAAUUGUUGUACAUAUAUAAUGGUGAAUUAAAUUUCUCACUAAGUGUAUAGUGAUGCAACAUUUUUAUGGAUGUAAGUGAGCAAAUAUAGUUGUGGAAUUUUAUUCAUUCGGCUAUUGGAACUUAAGGAAAGCAUGUUAAUUGAAUGGCAGUGUCUGUUACUGUUAAAGCAAGCUCUCGUUGCCUAAAGGUGUUGCCCCAUCUUUGUUCGGUUGUUUAUGAGACUUUCAGGUUUCAAAUUAAACUUUUGUUGUAAGAGUUAUCUUAGUUUGGACAAUUCAGAUACAUGCAAUAUAACUGCCUGUUGUUAACACUAAUUUGGUUGACUACAACAUUCCUGCCUUUUUUUUUUUUUUGUUAUUGUUGCCACAGCACAAACAUGUCCUCUCAACAAUUUUCACCCCAGAUAGUGAGGCUGUUCUGCUGUUGAUUUUCUAAUGAACUUUUAAUAUCUGGGGUUAAGAUUAUAAAAUCUUGUUCCAUUUGUGAGAUCAGAUUCAAGACUUCAUCUGUGUAUGAAAUAUUUUUACUUUUUAGGCCUUUUUAUAUUGAAAAUAUGAGUUAUGUGCCCUUGGUGUGAACUGAAGAGAGCCUUGUAUGGUCAAAAUUGUCUGUCUCUACACAAAUUUUAUUUCAUGUGUACUCUUUUUUUUUUGUUUAAUUUGACCUUUUGUUCUAUCUUAAUUUUCUAGUUGGUCUGUCAUUUGUCCCUCUCAAAAGCUAUUACACCUUCACAGCUUUCCAUGUUGAGACAAAGUUGGUAGAAAUUUUAUUUAAUGAAAGAAUGUGCCUCAAUUUAUGAACUUGUGCUUCUAAUUGCUAGAUUUUACGCCGCCUACUUCCUAGUUUUUCAUCAGUUUGGAACUUAAAUAGAGUUAUAUAUUUUCUGUCUUAUGCACUAGUGAUUGGAAGAUGAACCUAGAGAAUUAUUUCAAUAGGACACUAAUAUAAGUUAAAUGAGUAAGUCUUUUCCCUCACUAGUUCAUGAGCCAAUACUCUAUUACUUACUCUGUAAACUGUUAAAAUAAAUUCCUUAUUUAAAAAUAAAUUAUUAUUGGUAUGUGUGGAGAAAUUGUGCAGUUAACAUCAACUUUGGUGGGGCUGGAGUGAGUCUUGUGAUCAGUACUACUGACUGUACUGUAACGUUAUAUCAUUCAUUCUUUCAUGAAAGGCUGGACCUAAUGUUUGAAAGUGUUCGCUAAUAAACACCUUGAACUUUUGUAAAAUUUGAUUUCUACUUUGUCAUGUUGGCACCCGAAAAAACUUGUGCACUCUAGUGGCUUCAAAAUAUCUCAUUAAUACUCUAAUAUGUUGUCUUUGAGAUAGCUGGGACCUGUGAUCAAAAAUAAAUAUUAAGAAAAUUA